AUGGCCACUUUCCCUGGUGAGAACAGCCUGAAGAGGCAGUACAGGAUCAAGCAAAUCAUAGGCAAGGGUGCCACCAGCCAAGUCAUUCUGGCCGAACACCGCCUCACAGGGAUGCCGGUGGCUGUCAAGAUUAUGACAAACGAAGCAAAGAACCUCCGCCACAUUUAUUCCGAAGUGGGGAUAAUGGAAGGGCUGAGACACAGCAACAUCGUCAGGGUCUUCCAGAUUCUGGUAACGCCCCGUCAUCUUCACAUCGUCCUGGAGUACGCGGAGGGAGGAGACCUGAGACGUCGGAUCAGGCUGACUGGCAGGCUGCAGGAGCAAGAGGCACAGAGGGUAUUUAGGCAAAUCGUCGACGCCGUGCAUUACUGCCACCAACGUGGCAUUGCGCAUCGUGACAUCAAAACAAGCAAUAUUUUACUUGAUGGAGAGGGCAAUGCAAAACUCAGUGACUUUGGCCUGGCCACCAAGUGCAAACCUGGUAAGCGGCUGCAGAGGCGCUGUGGAACUUACUCAUUUAUCCCCCCGGAAAUCUUCUGCACUGGCCCCUACGACGGCAUGAAGGUGGACGUGUGGAGCGUGGGGGUUGUGCUCUUUCACAUCAUCACGGGGUACUGCCCCUUCAGAGGGAAAAGCUAUAAAGAGCUGAAGCAGCAGAUCUGCCAGGGAACCUAUGAGAUUCCAACUUUUGUUUCCAAAGACAUACAAGACCUCAUAGGUAAACUACUAACAAUUGAUGCAGGGGAGAGACCCACCUUGGGUGAAAUUAUUGAGUACCCAUGGCUAAAACAAGGAAAGGAACUGCCUGCCAGAGGACCAAGUGAGAUCGACACAAACCAUCCUGACCCCAGCUUAUUAGCUGUACUGUCCCUCAUGGGAUAUGACCUUCAUAAGAUCCGGAAGUCCCUGCAAAAACGAGAGUAUGAUGAGUACAUGGGGACAUACCUGAUGCUAGAACAGCAGGCAGAAGAAAAGCCCAGGCACGAGGAACCAGAGAUGCCCAGGUACCCACUGGUGACACCAUGCCCUACCCCUGUUGAUCACUACACCAGUCCUACACCCCUGAAAGGACAGUAA